AAUGCUAAUUGGAACUCGUAGUUGACCAUUUUAUUCAUAGAAUACGCUGUAAUUGUGCCACGUAUUUAAUGGAGGAGUGAAAUGUAAAGUUUUGUAGCAUGAAUUAAAGUAUUAAGAUUAUUUGUAAGGUACUGAAUUAAUUUUCAAAAUAAUGGGAGGAACACACAGUAUUGAAAUUCCUGGAGGCGGGACAGAAGGUUAUCAUGUCCUACGGGUUCAGGACGGAUCACCGGGCCAGAAAGCUGGCCUUGAGGCAUUCUUUGAUUUUAUUGUUGCAAUUGGAAAUACACGGUUGGAUCAAGAUAAUGACACCCUGAAGGAGCUGUUAAAGACCAACAUUGAUAAAGAAGUACGCAUGACCAUCUACAGUAGCAAAACACAGUCUGUACGAGAGGUGACAGUUAUACCCAGCACAUCUUGGGGUGGUCAAGGACUUUUGGGUGUGAGCAUUCGCUUCUGUUCUUUUGAAGGUGCCAAUGAGAAUGUGUGGCAUAUACUAGAGGUACAUCCAUCAUCUCCAGCAGAGCUGGCUGGGUUAAGGGCAUUUUCAGACUAUGUGAUUGGUGCUGAUUCUGUCCUUCAUGAGAGUGAAGAUUUAUUCACAAUGAUUGAAGCACAUGAGGGCCGUCCACUCAAGCUGUAUGUAUACAAUACUAGUGAGGAUUCAUGCCGAGAGGUUCUAAUAACUCCAAACUCCACUUGGGGUGGAGAGGGCAGUUUGGGUUGUGGUAUUGGAUAUGGUUACCUUCAUAGAAUCCCAAUUCGUGGUUCUCCUAUGUUGCCUGCAUCUCGCAAACCAUCACGACCUGUGUCAGUACCAUCAUCAUCUUCAUCACAGGCACCAGUUCAGCAAGCAGCUGUUGCACCCGCACUGCCUACUCAGGAGGGACAUUUAAUAGCUGAAGUACCUCAACAUCCAGUCAUAGCUGCACAAGAAAUGGUUCGUGGGAAUCCUGUGUCCAGUGUUGACACUUUGCCACAUUCAGGUGUGGCAGCACCAUUUCCCAAUUUAGCAGGUGCAACAUCUCCGUUUCCUACACCGGGAAAUGCUCCAGCACCACACCCAGCACUUGCAGGUGGAUCUGUCACUGUAACUGGUACCAGCCACUUGUUUCCAUUGCCUCCACGCAGUGGUAUUGAGACCAUGGCUACAGCAAGUGGCGUGGUGCCUUCUGUUGUUAGAACAGCUACCACACUUGCAACAAGUUUCCCACAACCAGCACCAGGUAUCCCAGGAAUGCCUGUGACGAUCGCAUUACCAGGUAUGCCACCGAUCACAGUCAGUACCACACUUGGUCUUCAGGCGACCAGAGGGAACUCGGAAUCACAACCUGUCGUUUCACAGUAACACUUCAUUGAAUGCAAAGGAGAACAAAUAAGAGGAAGGUAGUGUACUUUCUCAAGGUGGUAUAUGGAAGAUCUUCCUGUGUACAUUCAGGAUUCUUCAUGAAAAUAAAUAUUAUUGUGCCAUGCUAGAAGUAAUGAAGUGCUUUGAGAUUAUGUGAAGCAGGAAACGUAGAUAUAUUUGACUGAGAAUUACAGUACCAAGGAGAAUGUAUUUCAUGCACAUAAUCACUUCUUAUUUCAAAAAGUAUAGCAUGAGCAAAAUAAUUUUAAUUCAUGAAAGAUGCGAUUACAAUGUUUUCGCUCUUGAAAUGCAAGUAUAAUGUUUGUAGAUAACUCAGGAGAGAUGGAAGUUGCAAGUUGUGUUUGCAACUUCAUUUGUUUUUGUUCCUGUAAGUUAGAUACAAGUUCAUUAUAUGCUAUUCCUUCAUCAUCAAGGCCUUGAGGGUUACAUCCCAUUAAAGUUAUUAUAAUGUGGUGGCAUAAUAAAACAUGAAUACAUGUUUUUGCAUCAUAAAUGUUCUGUGCACCAUUCAUUAAGCAAUCAUUAGUACAGUACGCACUUUGUUUAGAAAUAGUGACUUUUCAAUUUUUAGUUCGGCAUAAUAAACCUUUAGAUAUAGUGGAAAAUGCUAAUACAUUUUGUGUUAAUGCCAUAGUGUGCUCUUGUAUAAUUAGGACAUUUAAUUUUGGAUUAAGCCCAUUUAAAUGAAAUAUCUAAACAAAACUACAGGAAUCCCCUUAAAAAUAUGUAAAGUGUGUAUGUGACUUGCUUUGGGCUGGAAGAAUGGCAUUCCUGGCAUUGUGACACAUUUUCUCUUCGCCACCACAGCCAGACCUGCUGUGGGACUCAGCAGCUUCCUGUUCAGUUGGUUCAAGGACUCAUUUUCUAGGGGUAGUGGUUGGAGCAUGAAGCUUAGUACUCACCUUCAGCUACUGCUAAUAUUAAGAAUGUGUGGAGCUGUACCUCCUCCAUGUCUUUGUUGUAGUAGUGGGUUUAAAGGCACCUCAGCAGCAUGGUUAUUUGUGCCUGUCUUUGUUGUGCUACUUAAUUGAGUACAGUGGCAAUUUUAAAUUAUCAUACACAGAAAGGGUCAUAUCCUUUAUGCCUCUCUGACUUUGCCCUUGAUAUGUACUGCUGUAAAAUGAGGGGUCUGUGUGUGGUGAGGUUGCCUUUUGCUGUUGAAGGUGUAUCCUGUAAAUGGUGGAAAGCAUAAUGUGAAGUGUGCGUCCUUCACUGCUGUCUUGCUUUUCUGAAUUUAACAUACAAGCUUAUAAGCUAGAAUCUGUAGGAAGUACAACAGAAAUAUGGAAAGGGAGGCAUGUUGCAACUUUGAAGGGGGGGGGGCAGGAAGAUUAAUACGUAGAUGGAGCCAUUUUGAGUUCCGAGAGUUGACAGAUGGCUUGUAUAUAUUAAAGCCAGUGCUAAAAUGUGUACAAUGAAGUGUACCUUUUAAGAAUAUUUCUUGUAUUGAAAGUAUUUUUAUGAUGAAUAUACUUUUGCUAUAUGAAGUUUGUGGUUCUCACAAUGGCAAAUAUUAUAGCUGGUUUUCUUAAUGUGAUGCUAUGGAGUGCCACAGAUGGUUACCAAUGUACCAGACUACACAGCAUAAUAUGAGACCAGUCUUUAAUUCUUAUUGCUAAUUAAAAACAUUUAAAUGUGGAUCUGUACAUCCACUCCCUCAUACACCUUCAUGGUGUAGUGCUUAAUUAGUUAAGCA